ACGGAAACUGAGCAGUGGCAUUACUGGGAAUUGGCCACGGAAUGGUAACGGUGUCCAAAACAUACUACAGCUAGCCUCUUGUUAAUAAGCUUUUUUAUUUUCUAGCAUUAAGUUUGUGUAUAUGUAUGUAUAUUGCAUGGUAUCAGAAGCGGGUAAACAAGCAAUACAGUUCAUCGAUGGCGCAGGCAAGUGGCUACAGUACAGUGGCUGCAUUUUUGCAUGGCAAAAGGAUUUAACAUGACAAGCUAUUCCUCGCCCCUUUGAGUGGUAUGAGUACAAAGACAAACGUUUGAAAACAUUGUAUUCCUAGAGAAAAGAGACAGAGACACAGGCGGUAGCAUGAAGCCACAACUAAAAACUGAAAGCCGUAAGGAGAAAUUCAAAUCGACUGAAAAGAGUGAAGUGUCGUUAUCUUUCCAGGAUGAGCUUGCUGCGACAAUACACGGUGCAUUUGAGGUGGCUUUGGAAAUUGCCAUUUUGGAAGUUACUAAACUAGUUGGCCAAGCACUUGGCGAUGUCCGUGACCAAAUGCACGAAACAUUGCGGGAGAAUAAGUCACUCAAACUUAGGUUACAAACUGCCGAGGAACAGCUUGAUACUGUGCGAGGUUCUUUGGACAACGGAGAUGGUCAGCCGAUGCAGCAGUUCACGUUGACAGUUAGCAAGUCUGCUAAAAGAUCACAGAGCCCAGCUAAUAUCAACAGUGGAAUACAGUCUCCCAAUGAUAAUGACCUAAAGAUACAAGCCUCUCUUGAAGUUACGGUGGACGAAACCUACGAUAAUUUAGUUGCGGAAAAGGAGAUUAGUAGUGAAGAUCACAAUGGGUAUUUCAGUGAAAUUUGUGUGGAUGGCCGAGUGUGUUCUCAGGACCUUCAUCCUACUUUGAACAGAGAUUCAGGCUCACAAAAGGACGCCUUUCAAGGUGCCAAGGAAGAGACCUCCAGUUUGUGUAUACAGGACCAGCCCAGGACAGGAAGCACCAAAGAUAAGGGACAAGACACAGCUUUUGUAGACAUUUAUGACCCCUCUGCAACUGAUAAUGUGAUUCAGAACCAUAAGGUGGAGCUGGUUAGGGUCAAGGUAGAAAACAAGGAAGCUGAGAACAGUUCCAGUUUAUUAGGUUCUUCUAGCUGCCAUUUUGACUCAGUAAGGGAAGCACACUUUUGCCCAGAUAGCUUGUCUCUGGUUCAGUCCAAAAUGCUGGAGGAGUGGAGACCCGAUGCAUUGGACAUGCGGAGCUCUGACCCACAGAGUCCUGGAACCAGUCAUACUCUUUCUCACCCUCCUAUCGCCCAACAAGAUGCUGCAGAACUGAGAGACCCCACAGCCGGCACCCUUCCAGCCUUCUCCACCCAGUUCCCCAGCCUCUUCCAGCCCGAGGAGCCCACUGGCAUCCCAGCCCCACCACAGCUGUACGGGGUCCAGCCCAGGACCAGCCCCACAUCCACCUCCACCCAGCUCCCCCCCAACGUCCACGUGUGCAAGACCUGCGGCCAGGUGUUCCAGCAGCCCAGCGAGCUUCGCCGGCACUACAGCCAGUGUCAACAGCGGCCGCACCAGCAGCGCUCCAAGCCGCCCCAGCCCAGCUCCUCCAUGCGCUCCCGCCGCAAGCUCCAGCUCUACCCCCCCGGGCGCAGCCCCUUCCACUGCACCGUGUGCGCCCGGGACUUCAACCGCAUGGAGAACCUGAAGACCCACCUGCGCAUCCACACGGGAGAGAGGCCUUACACCUGCUCGGUGUGCGCCAUGCCUUUCCGCCACUCGGGGGCGCUCACCAGGCACUUCCGCAUCCACACCGGGGAGAAGCCGUAUGUGUGCAGCCAGUGUGGGAAGAGGUUCCGGAACUGUGGGGGGCUGAGGUUCCACCAGCGAUCUCACGGUGGCGGUGGCGGUGGCGGCGAAUGAUAGAUGAAGCAGGGUUUGGAACAUUAAACUCCAGGAAGUUAACACACUGUGGUAGUGUGUUCACUGAAAUGUUUGAAAGAAGUGCAGAGUACUGUAUACGUUUAAAUACCUUACGUUUUACCCAGCGUGAUCAUGGAAAAUAUUCUUUUUUUAAAUUGUAUUUAUAACUACAACAUAUACUUUACAUAGGCUACAUGUUGGAAAACAGUUGGUUCCAUACUAAGUAUUAGAUCAGUGAUCACAUGAUUGGUUUGUCUUGAGCCAUGUUUUAAGUGUUGUUUUAAAAAUACUGAAGCUUGUACAUUCUCUGAUGUGGGUGGAAAUUGAGUUCCAUUUAUCAGCUGCUCUGACUGAAAAUGCUGAUUGUUCCCAAGCAGUAUUUCUCAGUUUAGCUGAGCAGUCACCUCUGCCUGCUACUCUGGUCUCCCUAGCGUUAUCCCUGCAGCGUGACGCAAAUAGUUUAAGUUUAAGUUUGAGGUGUGAGAUUAUGAAAUAAAAUAAUUCCAGAAUGAAGAGAUGAAAUUGUUUUGUAUUGUACAUAUAAAAGACACUCCUUGGUAA